AUGUAUCACCGACCAGUCGAUCCAAUUCAGUAUUUACAAGAAUGCCUUGAGAAGAUAAAGCGAAAAGAUUAUAAAUCUGUUAGAUGGGAUUUGUUUCUUGAGGGAAAGCGCUGUCCUUUGCCACCUCUUGCGUUGAGACGAAAUAGCGAGCCUUUUUCAAGAUAUCAACCAAUGGUUGGCACCGGAUGUUCCCAAUUCAAGAUGCGCCCACAAGCCACUGUCAUAUGUAUUAUCGCUGCACCUGGCAUUGGAGCAAGGGAAUUUUCGGGAAAGAUGCUUAACUACUAUCCAAGUUUCGUGCAUAUUAGCAUGGGAGAUUUAGCAAUUAAUUGCGCGAAAAUUGAAGAAAGAAAGUCCCAUAGCCGCUGGAGUUCUGCUCUUCGCUUUAUUAAAUCAGGAGAUUUGGCCCCCGAAGAUAUGGUUUUAGAGCUUCUUAAGUGGAAUAUUAAUCAAUAUCCCACCUGUGAGGGAUUUAUCAUUGAUGGAUACCCCCGAACUUUCAAACAGUACGAAGAUCUCAAGUUUAAUAUCUGUAAGGAUAAUCUAUCCGGCGUUAUCCUCAUUGACGCUUCUGAGGAAAAAUGCCUGCAUCAGCUGCUAAACGCAAGACAGACAAGUUGUGGACCCGCCAAACCUUUACCGAAUGAUGUGAUUCGAAGGAAAAUAUGCACUUUCAAGAACGUAACACUUCCCGUAUGCAAAGUUAUUGACAAUGAAAGCAAAUUACGAGUGGUUGACGGCGAACGAAAAGAUGAGGACAUAGAGCGUGAACUUUUAGCGAUAUUUGACUUUCUCCUCACCAGACGAGUGACAGCUCCACUGAUAAAGCCGGAAAGGGAAUGCAUUACAGACACUCAGGCCAGACCGUUCUUACAAAGAAUUGUGGGUUGUCCGGGUAACCCACCAACUUUUAACAUCCCCAUUAUUCGUCCAGAAUACAAGGACCUUGGGCGCCAAGGUGGCCCGGGUUCGGGUCGCACGAAGCAGGCGUUGUCGCUGUGCCAAUCGAUAAAGGGCGCGAAGCACUACAACCUCACAGAUCUUCUGCGCACCCGCGUCCUCAACGCCCUCUCCACCGGCGCCGAAAAGGACUGGGACGUCGUCGCUAAGCGUGUGCACAGCAGCGAACCGCCUCUCAGCUACGAUCGUAUGAUUCCUGAGUACUGGGACAUACAAAUAGAUAUUCUUCGAGAUGAGUUUGUCAAGUUAGCGGAUAACGCCACUCUGGUUGUUGUUGAGGGCUACAUGAAUGAUGAGAGCCAAAUUUCAACAUUUAAUAAGACGAUCGGAGGGGCGGAUAUGGUGGUAUUGUUGGAUUGUGAGGAGGAGACGCUGAUUACGCGGCUGAAUAGGCGCUGCACUCGCCUGAAGCGCAUCGAGGACGAGACGCACAUCGUGCAUCAGCGCGUCAGUUUCUUCAAACAGGUCUCCCUUCCCGUCGUGCGCUACUUCGACGAGCUUGGAAAGCUGGUCAUCAUGCCGGCCGAUCGUGAUGCCGAAUUGAUAACCAGGGAUUUAGUCGCUUUCGUGGAAUAUUUCCUCGCCAAGAGACAAUCUGCAAAUGGUGCAAACAAUAAUGCCCUUCAGUUUGUUGAAUUGGCGAAUAACAGUCACAGUAAAGCAACGGCCGAAAUUCAGGAAGAACAAAAAGACCCUGCAGGAAGGGAUAUUCAAAUUGUGGGUGCCCUCUACUCGGGUUGGCCUGAUUUUUGGACGUAUUUUAUUAUUGGACCUCCAACAUGUGGAACAGAACAUCUGGCUAGGAGGCUCGCAACGGAAACAAAUUUUACUUUUGCUUCUAUAAGGAAUGCACAAGAGAAAGAUUAUGAGCAGGCAAAGGUAGUUAGGCGAUACGAGAACGAAUUUGGGCGGAUUGAGAAAUCACUAACUGGUGGGAUUGCAGAAAGCACAGGCUUCGUAAUUGUUGGAAGCCCUAAUGAAGUACUUGAAUUGCUUCAAAACCCCAUGAAGACCAAUUCAAAAGUACGCAUUCUCGUUCUGGGUGAGGAUAAGGAGGCUGUGCAAAAGCAGUGCUUGGCAAAGGAGAAAACGAAAAUAACCCUUGGUAUUGAGGCGUACACGCUAGACCCAGAAGCCACUAAGAACAGGCUAGCUGCUUACUACAGAUCUGUUGAGUUACUGCUACAAAAUGACCGGCUUAAAGAAAUUGUACGCAAGGUUCCAGUUGGUGUAACCAGCGAAGUGACAUAUGACAAUUUGAAAAAUUAUGUUGCUGGACGUUGA